ACACGUUUCUAGAACCCUGCCGUCCCAUAAAUCCUGGUGGCGAGCAGCUCUGAGCGGUUUGACACUGGGAGCUACUGAGCACCAUGCCUCUUCCCCGACGCCGCUCAUCCUUUCUCGGACAGCCGCCCACCGAGCGCCCGGCCUCUACCUCCUGUGGGAGGAUGGGCGCGGCGACGACCACUGCCCCCCGCGGCGUCUUCGUGGGGCCUGCACCUCCAGUGGGCGUGGCCUCUGGGCUGGGGACACGGGUGUCCCGCAGAGCCCUGGGGAUCAGCAGCGUGUUCCUCCAGGGCAUGAGGAGCACCGCGGUGCCCGUACUGCCCCGGGCCGGGGAUCGGUCUGCCGGGCACGGAGCGGCGGCAGCAGCGGGGAGCCUGAACAGCUCCCUGAUGGAGUAUCGUGACAAAGUGAGAGCCCUGGAGCAGCUGAACCAGCAGCUGGAGCAGCAGAUCCGCCUGAACCUGGACCGCAAGGCCUCCACCGCCGGAGCCUGGGGGGCCCUCCGUAGGGAGUGGGAGGAAGUCUACAGACAGGUCAGUGAAGCCAUCCUGGACAACGCUCGACUGAUGCUGCAGACAGAAAACGUUCAGGCCAACGCAGAGGACUUCAAGGAGAGGUAUGAGAACGAACAGCCGUUCAGGAGAGCUGUGGAGGAGGAGAUCAGCUCCCUGUACAGAGUGAUCGAGGAGGCCAACACGACAAAGGCAGAGCUGGAGGAGCAGAUGGACGACAUGAGGGCAGACCUUCGCAGCCUGGAACAGAACCACGAGCAGGAUGUGCGCUUCCUCUACAAUCAGAUGGCCGGCCGUGAGGUGGACGAACCCGACGCUCCCAUAGAAACCAGUCUGGACCAGAUCCUGGCCUACAUCCGGAGUCACUGGGAAAAGGUGACAGAGAGGAACCGAGCUGAUACUGACAGCUACCUGGAGUGUAAGGAAACGCAGUGUGUGGGCAGCAGGCUGAGUCCUGAGGAGGAGCAGGUGGAGGCACUGAAGGCCGAGUGCAGUGAUACUGGCUGUAAGAUCCAGAGUCUACAGGCUGAGACAGAGUCCAUCAGAGCGCUGAAACGAGGUCUGGAAAACUCAUUAACCGAUGCACGCCACUGGCACGAUAUGGAGCUGCAGAACCUGGGCUCGGUGGUGGCCAAGCUGGAGGCAGAGCUGGGCGACGUGCAUGCUGAAAUCGAACAGCAGCGGCGCGACUACGACACGUUGCUGAACAACAAGCAACGGCUGGAACAGGAGAUCGGCCUGUACCACGGUAUCCUGGAUGGGGAAGAGAACCGCUUCCAGCCCAUCACCAGGAUGCAGGAGACGAAUUUAAGUGUAUUGGACUCAAGACGUUACCCUGAGGAACCCCACAGGUGUUCAGGUGCGCAGAGAGAGUGUGAAGGAGCUGCUGCUCCAAACUCCAGGAUUGACAUUCCAGGACCCCCAGAACCUCUAGGACCAGGUCAGUGAGGAGGUUCUGGUCUUUCUGGAUCUCUGUGAACUCCAUUGGACUUACCCGUCCUCCACCGAGUGUUGCAGUUCUCUGUGACUGUGGUGUAUUAGAACAGAUGAAGCGUGCUGCUAAACCAGAACGAGACGACCCCGCAAGAACCGUAAACCAGAUCCAUCUGCAGGUUCUGGCUAUGGAGAUGCUUCAGACUGGAUCCAGAAAUGAGAAAUGAAUGUUACCUGUUUGGUUUUUCAUGAAUAAAAUGACUGAAAGUGAA